UAUAAAAGACAACGCUAUUAUUGGUGACGUGUUCACUGACUGACUCAUAAUCUGAUGUUUCAUGCUUCUGUUUACUGGUUUCCCUUUACUGCGUUAAGUUUCGUUUCUCCGAGCAGCCUCUAUCUCUGUGGGUGCGCCUGCUUUACCGCUGCCAUGUUGACCGUGUCAGCUCUUGCAGCUGUGUUUCAUAAGAAAACACCGAGACACCGCCCACUCGGACCGUACGGUAAUCGAAAGCGAUCGGCCGCCUCAGGGACAUCCUCUCAAGUCAACACAGCAGCGCGUCGAGGAGCUUUAUGUCCGUAUUUAGAUGACGAGCAGCCCCAUGAUUGUGGGAUAACUUCCAUCAUUUCAGCUUUCCAUCAUGGUUAAAAAGUCUUUAGGUUCGCUCUGCCAAAUUGGACUCGAUUUUUUUGAGUUUUUGAAGGAGACCAAUCGGACAUCCAUCACAAAUGUAGAUCAACUGAGAGACAUUUACAACGCUGAGUUCAGAAGCAGGAAUGUUGGAAGCAAAGAUCCAAACUUUAGCUCAGUCUUCUAUGCGCUCAAAGUGAACAGCAAAAUAACGAGACGGAGAGGGAAUAUUCGCUUCAACUCCUCGGUCCAAGCUCUUUAUGUGGACCAGUGGCACACACCCAGGACCCGUCAGCCUCAGCCUGUCCAGAACGGAGUGGCCAGUCCUGAGACGGUGCCCACCUUCGUCCUUGCAGAUGAGGCAGAGACGGGAGUACGAGCCCGGAGAAAACUGGCCAGUCAGCUGAUGAUCAGACUCAAGAAAGAGAGGGCUCUGUUUAUCUCUGACAAACAUGGAAUCAGCAUCAGCUGCGACCAGCCGUUUGAGAAUGGAAAACUUGACUUGUGUGUGAAAGACACAUAUGAGUAUAUGAUAAAGCUGAAGGUGGAAAACACUGGAACAGAGCCUGUGUAUUUUACUUACUACACCCCACUGCAUUGGCUCAAAUACUUAACUUUCUUGGAUGAGCUCAAAGUGACCAAGUUGAAGCCUCUGUUACUGAAACCAGGUGACAGCUAUGAAAUCCAGGUUCACUUCAAGUGCAGUGUGGUUGGUCUCUAUCCAGCGACACUGGCCUUUGAAUUCAAACCAGACCUGCAGCCGAGCUCCACCACGUUUCACAUUGUGCGCUUUAUUGAGGCGCAGUGUAUAACUUCCCUCGGAGUGGAGCUGGCCCCUGAAGCCCCCUACAAACCUCGCUCCCUUCCUGUCCGGACGGAUGUAGCUCCUUGCGAGAUUGUGGAUGGGCAGCGACCUGAAGGGCAGUCGGUGAUGCACCUACAAUAUGUGGUUGAGCUAAAAAAGUAUCGAAUACCAUCAUACAUGAACCAGUUCAUCAACUCACUGAAGCAGCCGACGUCCUCCUCUGAUAGAAGGAGGGCUUUGCUGGAGAGUCCCUUGAGCUGGGAGAACUACACCGAGAAGUUCCAGAUGCUGCUUUACCUGGAGGAGCUUCAGAUGGAGGUGGACAUUAAGAGAUACAACAUCCCCAACGAUGAUGGAGAAUACGCCACCAUGCGCCAAGACGAACGCAAUAAGAAGCUUCUCGUUCUGGAGGUACCCGGUGUGGCUGAGAACCGUCCGUCUGUGCUACGAGGGGAUCAGCUGCUGGUGUGUCCUGUUGGAGAAACGGGGGUGAAGUACUGCGGCUACGUCCACAGUGUGCAGCAGGACUUUGUCAAACUGGGCUUCAGCUCAAAGCUGCUGGAUCGCUUUGUAGAAGGCAUGAAGUUCAGUGUUGAGUUCACCAUCAACCGUCUGACUGUGCGUCUUCAGCACAGAGCAGCAGAACUGGCAGCCGCAUGGAAACUGGGAAAGGUGUUGUUUCCUGCUGAACCACCCUUUGCCUGUCAGAAAACUGAGCUUCCCAAACUCAGGCUGUUUGACUGGAAGCUGGAGAAAAAUCCGGAGCAGUAUCGAGCUGUACAACACAUUGUAGCUGGCUCAUCCAGACCGGCCCCAUACCUGGUGUUUGGUCCACCUGGAACAGGCAAAACUGUCACCCUGGUGGAAGCCAUAAAGCAGAUAGAGAAGACACAGCCCUCUUGCCACAUUCUGGCCUGCGCUCCCUCCAACAGCGCUGCUGAUCUGCUCUGCGAGAAGAUUCUGGAGCAUGUGGAUGAGCGUAAAGUGUACCGCAUGUAUGCCAGCAGCAGAGACCCAAACGUAGUCCCUGAGAAACUGAAGGCAUGCUCUAACCUGGUCGGGGAUUGUUACGAGUUUCCUGCUGCAGAAAAACUGAUGGAAUACAGAGUCAUGGUCACCACCCUGUUAACUGCUGGAAGGCUGGUCACAGGAGGCAUUCCUGUGGGGCAUUACACUCAUGUGUUUGUGGACGAGGCUGGACAUGCUGUGGAGACUGAAUGUGUCGUUCCAUUGGCAGGGUUGCUCGAUGCAGACUCUGGUCAGGUUGUUCUGGCGGGAGACCCCAAGCAGCUCGGACCCAUUCUCAGAUCUCCGUUUGCACUGAAAUUUGGCUUGGGAACGUCCCUCUUGGAACGUUUGAUGAGUAAUUUCCCUGUGUACUGGAAAGAAGACGGUGUGUUCAACAGCUGCUUUGUCACCAAACUGCUGCGCAACUACAGGUCCCAUCCUGCCAUUCUGAAGAUUCCCAACGAGCUCUUCUAUGAUGGAGAGCUGCAGGUUUGCGCGGAUGAAAUUUUACGCAACUCCUACUGCGGAUGGGAACACCUCCCGAAGAUGGGCUUCCCAGUGAUCUUCCACGGGGUGGCCGGUGUUGAUGCCCGUGAAAAAAACAGUCCUUCAUUCUUCAAUGUAGCAGAAGUGGAGGUGUUGAUGGACUAUGUGAGGAAACUGCUGCAGUCACGUAGCAAGAAGGGCCUGGCAACCAUUGCACCUCGAGACAUAGGCAUCAUCGCCCCCUACAGGAAGCAGGUGCAGAAAAUCCGUAGGGGCCUGCAAAAAGUUGGGAAAGACUUCAAAUUUGAGAACAUGGACAUGCUUAAGGUUGGUUCAGUGGAGGAGUUCCAAGGCCAGGAGAGGAGAGUGAUCCUGGUGUCUACAGUUCGAAGCAGCACCAAUUACGCAGAAUAUGACAAGAAGUUCAACCUGGGCUUUGUCAAGAAUGAAAAGAGAUUCAAUGUGGCUGUGACUCGGGCUAAAGCCCUGCUGAUUGUGGUGGGAAACCCCAUUGUGUUGAACACAGAUCCGACUUGGGCCAACUUUAUCAAGUACUGCAAAGAUGAAAGUGGCUACACUGGCUUUAGUCAUGAGGAAGAAUAUGAAGUCAUGCUACUUAGACUCGCUGCACUCUCCGUAGAGAUUGGGGUUGAGACUGCAGAGAGUGCCGUUCAGCAACACCUGGAACCUGAGUGGAGGACAGACAUCUGAACAAAAGGAGAGCACAGACCUUGAUUAUAGGCACUGAAAGGGAUUCGUCUAGGUUAAUUAUUUGAUAGGUGUAACAAAAAAAUUCUUCUACAAGGGCUCACUGGCACCUUUCUAUACUGAGGGUAAGGAACACAGCCAGUGCCAAUCAGACAAUAACAUUCCAGAGUGCACCUUCAAUGUCAGCAGUAGGAACUUGACCAAAGACCAUGAAGAGCAGGGAGCUGAUUCAUGUUUACCUCAGUAAACUGCACUAAGACCGCUGUCAGUGUCUACCCAAAACUGCUGAAAAUGCUGCUUUAAUCCAGCUACAGUGACACAAAUCUUCAAUCACAAACUAUAACCUUUUUGAAAAUUAAUUUUACAAAUCACAAAUGCCGUUCUCAGGAUUGCUCAGGACUGCCCAUUUAUUCAUGUAUACCAUAUGAAAGAUAUUUAUGGCUUAUUUUCAACCAGAUUGUAUUUUCUGAAUGAAUAAAAUUGUACGAAAUGUAAUAAAAGAUUAAAUUGAGCAGCACUAAAUGUUCAGAUCUUUCCUCUGUCAGAACAUGUUGUUUCAAUCAAUUGGUAUUUGUUCAUUUUGGUUUUCUGUAAAAUCUCAUUUUGAUUUUGAUACCCUGUAAGACCCUGGAAUUUAUUUUUAAUGAUAACAGAAGAAAAAUAAUGUAAGGAAUGUGUCAUAAGUGAACUGAAUAUUUGUUUAAAUGCAUUAAAGUCAUUUGCAAGAU